CCUUAAUCGUUUUCGUUAUUAAUAUGGCUGAAGCUUCUAGUUCUACCAAUUCUAAUAAACGGAAUAAUAGUGAUAGUACAAAUAAUUUUUUAUCAGAAAUUACAGUUUCGUAUAAAAAUGAAACAAUAAAGGAAAUACUAAAAUUAAAUUUUCAAGAUAACAAAACCAAAAUUAAUGAAGACUCAACACAAUUGGUGAACGAAGUAAUAAAGUUAAUGGCCACCGAAACGGUUUUACGAGCAUCACAAUUAGCUGAACAAGAACAUAAAACUACGAUUUCAGCAGAUUAUAUUGAAGCGAUCAUCCCACAAAUCAUGCUUGACUAUCCGUAAAAAAAAUAUUUCAUUUUAUUUCUUAAAAAUAGUAUUAAAUAUUUGGAUACAAAAAUGAAAAUUUUAUGAAAAAAAAUCCAUAUCGCCAGAACAUCCAAUUUCAAGGAAAUCAUCAUCGU